AAAAGAAAAAAAUCUUUUUUUUUUUUUUUUAAUACUCUUUUUCCUCUCCGAUUGCCUUUGCCCAGUGCACUCCCAAGGGAAAAACAAAAAAAAACAAAAAAAAAUAAAAAAGAAUCAAAAAACAGCCCUCACUUCCACCCUUUCCCUUCAACCGAACGACCCUCCAACGGAUUUCUUCAGUGAAACUCCCUUGUCUUCACCUCCAUCCAACCAACCCUCCUUUUCAAUCUCAAUCCAAUAAUGUCCUCACCUGUUGCCGCCGCUGACGUCCAGGCCGCUGCUGCCACCCCCGUCGCCACCUCUGCCGCACCCGCUGCCAACCACCUCAGUUUGGAACAGCAGCAGCAGAUUGCCGCCGCUCAGGCCCAGGCUGCCCAGGCUGCCCACUUCGCACCCGUCCCAGCCGCUGCCCCAACUGCCUCGGCUUCGCUCUAUAUCGGCGAACUCGAUCCCUCCGUCAACGAGGCCAUGUUGUUCGAGAUGUUCAACUCGGUCGGCCCUGUUGCUUCGAUCCGUGUCUGCCGCGAUGCUGUCACUAGACGUUCGCUCGGCUAUGCCUAUGUCAAUUUCCACAACGUUGCCGAUGGUGAGCGUGCUUUGGAGACCUUGAACUACACUUUGAUCAAGAACCGUCCCUGCCGCAUCAUGUGGUCCCAGCGCGACCCCGCCCUUCGCAAGACCGGUACCGGCAACAUCUUUAUCAAGAACUUGGAUGCUACGAUCGACAACAAGGCCCUUCACGACACCUUCUCUGCCUUUGGCAACAUCUUGUCGUGCAAGGUCGCCACUGAGGAUGGUCAGUCCAAGGGAUACGGUUUCGUUCACUACGAGACCCACGAGGCUGCCGAGAACGCCAUCAAGCACGUCAACGGCAUGUUGUUGAACGACAAGAAGGUCUUUGUUGGUCACCACAUCUCCAAGAAAGAGCGCCAGUCCAAGGUUGAGGAAAUGAAGGCAAAGUUCACGAACGUCUAUAUCAAGAACUUGGAUCCCGAAGUCUCCCAGGAGGAGGUUGAGGCUCUCUUCACCAAGUACGGCCCCGUUACCUCGUGCGUCGUCUCGACCGACGAGAACGGUCGUUCCAAGGGCUUUGGAUUUAUCAACUUUGAGAACCAUGAUGAUGCCAAGCGCGCCGUCGACGAGCUGCACGAGUCCGAGUACAAGGACAGGAAGCUGUUUGUGACCCGCGCCCAGAAGAAGGGCGAGCGUGAGGAGGAGCUCAAGAAGCAGUACGAGCAGCAGAAGCUCGAGAAGCUGAGCAAGUACCAGGGCGUCAACCUCUACAUUAAGAACUUAGACGAUGAUAUCGAUGAUGAGAAGCUGCGUCAAGAGUUCUCGGUCUAUGGUGUCAUCACCUCCGCCAAGGUCAUGCGUGACGAGAAGGCCGCCGGCGAGGGUGAGGAGGCCAAGGGCCCCUCCAAGGGAUUCGGAUUCGUCUGCUUCUCUUCCCCUGACGAGGCUACCAAGGCUGUUACGGAGAUGAACGGUCGCAUGAUCGGAACGAAGCCCAUCUACGUUGCUCUUGCACAGCGCAAGGAGGUCCGUAAGUCCCAGCUCGAGGCUCAGAUGGCUCAGCGCAACCAACUCCGCAUGCAACAGAUCCCUGGACAGAUGGCAGGCGGCAUGUACCCACCCCAGCUCUUCUACCCCGGCUUCCCUCCCCAGGGCGGCCGCGGCAUGGUCUACCCUGGCCAGCCUGGUAUGAUGCCCCGUCCCCGCUGGGUUAACCCCGGCCAGCCUCAGCAGAUGCACCCCGGCGCCCCCAUGCCCGGCUACCCCAUGGGUCAGGGAUUCCCUCCCAUGCAGGGCCGUCCUCGUGGUCAAGGACCCCGUUCCCAGUCCCAGCGCGGAGGUGCUGCCGGUCAGCAAGGUCGUCCCCAGGGCCCUCCCUCCCAAGGACCUGCUGGAGCUCCCCGCGGCGCCCCUGGCGCUGGCCGCGGUGGUUACACCCGUAACACUGGACAAGGCCGUGGUGGUAAUGCACCUGCCGCGGCUGCCGCCCCUGCUGGCGAUGCCAACACGUUGACGGCUGCUGCUUUGGCGGCUGCCGACCCUGACCAGCAGAAGCAGAUGGUUGGUGAGCAUCUUUACCCCAAGAUUGCAGCCCGCCAGCCCGACUAUGCCGGCAAGAUCACCGGAAUGUUGUUGGAGAUGGACAAUGGAGAGUUGCUGCACCUGUUGGAGGAUAGUGAGGCUCUGGAUGCCAAGGUCGAGGAAGCGGUUUCGGUGCUCAAGGCCCACGAGGGUGAUGAUGAGAGAUCUGCUUAAGGAAGGGACCAAGGAUCGAACAAGACUGCGCGAGGAAAGACAAGGAAACGAAGGGGAAAAGGAUUAAUCAAUGGGAUCGUCGUUGGCUUUACUUCUUUAUCCUCUCGUUCUCUCACCCUCUCUGCACCAACACACACACACAUCCUUUUGAGCAGGUUGUAUCAAUGAAAUAAAAUUUCGCCUGGGCAAAGGUCAUCUCGAAAGAGAGUUAAAAGAAAAGAAAAA